GCUAGCCACGUACAAUAUCGGCAGCUACAGACACCAAAUAUGGACGCGGCCAGCGCCCUCCCCGCCGUCGCGGCGUCGCUCGCCGGCGCGACCGGGGCCUACAUGCUCUACAGCAAGCGCCGGGGCCUCGACCGCGACGCGAGCGGCGGCACGGGCGCGUCCUUCGACGGCCAGCUCGCCGCCGGCGUGAACAUGCUCGCGAACAAGGACUCCGUCCUGCGGCGCGACCAGGUCGCGGGCUCGAUGGGCGCGUACGCGGACUUAUUUGAAGGCAAGACGGGCAAGCACUCGGGCAACGGAUUAGAAGGAGACGGCGCCGUGACCACGCAAGCGUCCAUCGACAAGCGGAGGGAGGGCUACCGCACCAUGGUCAACAACUUUUAUGAUCUUGUGACGGACUUCUACGAGUACGGCUGGUGCCAGUCCUUCCACUUCGCGCCGCGCUACAAGGGCGAGACCUUCCUCGAGUCCAUCAAGCGCGCCGAGUACUACCUCUGUUCGCGCCUCAACAUGAAGCCCGGCGUGAAGGCAUUGGACGUGGGCUGCGGCGUCGGCGGGCCGAUGCGAAACAUGGCCGUCUUCUCGGGCGCGACCAUUGAGGGCAUCACCAUCAACGAGUACCAGGUCAAGGUCGGCAACAAGUACUGCGAGCAGCAGGGUUUGAAGGCGACGGCGCAUCUCACCAGAGGCGACUUCCAGAACCUGCCCGGGUUUCAGGCGGACGAAAAACACAAGCUCUGGGAGGGCAUCGACUACCGGGGCCAGGACUGGACGGCGAGGUUCGACGUGGCUUAUGAAAUUGAGGCCACGUGCCACUCGCCGGACAAGGUCCGGUGCUUCUCCGAGGUCGCGCGCUGCUUGAAAAAGGGCGGCCUCUUCGCGGGCUACGAGUGGGUCGUCCUCCCGGAGCGGGGCUACGACGCCAAGAACGCGCGCCACGUCGCGAUCAAGGAGGGCAUCGAGAUCGGCAACGGCCUCCCGACGCUCGCGACGCCGGCGGACGUCGUCGCGGCGCUCGAGGCGGCGGGCUUCGAGGUGCUCGAGCACGGCGACGCCAACGCCAACGCCCACGCGCCGACGGAGAUCCCCUGGUACGACACGCUCGACGGCAAGAUGUCGCUGAGCGGCUUCCGCAUGACGCGCCUCGGCCGCGCGUGCACGCACGCCAUGGUCAGCUCGCUGGAGUUCCUGCGCGUCGCGCCCAAGGGCACGUCGCACGUGAGCGCCAUGCUCAACGCCACGGCCAUCGACCUCGUCGAGGGCGGCAAGGACGAGAUCUUCACGCCGUCCUACUUCUUCCUCGCGCGGAAGAAGUGAGCCCGUGGCCUCCUUCCCCCCUUGUCCCUCCCCUGUCCCCCCGCCCGAACGCUGAACCCCCCCAACUCUAACUGGAAUAACCCCAGG